CUAUGAUCAGUUUCCUGUGUACCCCUCGGACAGGCCGAUGACGGCCAUGCAUACCCCUUGAGGGUUGAUCCACAUGAACGUCGCGCCGCAAGGCUGGAUGAAUGCGGUCUCCAUGGUCCAGAGGCAUAUGGUAAGGGUGAUGCAGCCCAUAAGUCCUCACAUCACGCAGCCCUACAUUGAUGAUCUGGUCGUGAAAGGGCCUAAGGAGAAGGAUGAGCAGGAGGUGAUGCCAAGGAUUAGGCGCUUCGUCUGGGACCAUGUGCAAGACUUGUGCAAGGUCCUAGACCUGUUGAAGGAGCAUAACCUCACUGCCAGUGGGUCAAAGUCAAGGCACUGCAUGAGCGGAGCCACUAUCUUAGGAUUUGUGUGCGAUGAGAGAGGUCGUCGGCCAGAUACUAAGAAGAUCAACAAGAUUCUCGAGUGGCCUACCCUGUUCCAGACUAUCACGGAGGAACUACCUCUUCAGCAGGAGGUUCGUACUAAGGGUGGACGCUACGGCAUUGGCUGGUUCCCUCAAGAAUUUCGCUCGUACAUCUGGAUGUUCGAUUUCGAGCUGGAGCGAAUUCCAGGGAGCAAGAAUAGGGCAGACGGGCUGAGCCGAGUCGACUGGGACAAUAACAAUCAAGGAGUGAUCGAGGAUACUCCGCCAGUCGACGGGUUCUUGGACAGCGAGGAGGAUGUGAGCCUUCACAUGAACUCCUGGGCGUUGGCCUUGGGUAACUAUGUCACUCCUGGGCGACAUGUGUGGCUUGCGCCUCUAGGACAUGCACGACGGCCAGACUUAGUCCUUAAGCCCUAUAUUGAGGAAGACUGUCGGGGAAUGUCAGGCGUGGAUUGGAUGAUGGAUCUGGCACUGGCAGGUAAGUACGAGCUACAGGAAGACCUGCUCAUGAUUGAGAGUGGGGCGCUACAAGAGGGCAAGCACGAGAAGGUGAUAGGUGGGAUGUACCUAUUGGCUAACACGCCGCUUAAGGAAGAGGCGGUCAAAAAUACGGUGCUAGAUCAGGAAGAGGUGGUAGAGCAGGAAGGAGGUGACAAUGUGAUCCACGAAAGGGAAGAUGAUGACUUUGAAGAAGGAGAGAUUAAGGAAGCAUUCCGAGCAGAGGAGUAUGAGGGAGUAUACCUUGUACUUGGAAUGCUUCUGUCAUGUGAAAUGAGGGAAAGGGACGCUUGUGCGAGAGUUCUAAAGAUGAGAGCACGUCAGAUUUGCGCCAUAGAGGAUAAGAUUGAGGAGGCGGCGAGUAGGACAACUGAUAGCCAUAUCAAGGACAAGUUCAGGUGGGACAAGAUGGCGAGGGUAAGAAAGGAGCCUCUCAAAGUAGGAGACACUGUGCUACUAUAUGAUUCAUCCCUGGAGAAGCAGUGGUCGCAGAAGUUAGACAAAAGGUGGUUAGGACCAUACAGGGUCACCAGGUGUGGAGAGCACGGAGUGGACCAAAUUGAGGAGUUAAAUGGGACGACAUGGAAGGAAUGGGUGUCGGGCUCAAGGCUGAAGAAGUUCGUGGCUCGAGAUGAGAUGAGAGAAGGGGUCAGGAAAAGAGAAGGAGGGAACCAGAAACAGAGGAAAGGGGGGCCAUUGAGCAUGGCACAUCAUCAGGGACUCAGAGGGAGGACAAGAGAAAGGAACACAGAUCCCAUAGGCACAAGACAGCAGGAGGGUCAGGUGGUUCAAAGGGGUGUGAUGAAGGAAGACUUCGCUGCAGCAAGGGCUUCAGAUCAGAAGGUUGGAGACAGGUUGACCAGGGUGGUACAAAAGGCAUAUGGCCAGAGGGUGGAUUGGGAGAGAGAGGUGGAGGACUUGAAGAAGGAACUGGAAAGGCAAGGUAAAGAGUUGGAGGCAGUGAAGGCAGAUAUAAAGAAGGUCUGGGCAGAGAAUGAGGCCGUCAGGCAAAUCAACCAGACCCUUAACAAGAUCACUAACGCUCUGAGGGCCUAUUUAUAUGCCCAACAAAUCUCCUAUCAGGCAAAGGAGGCCGAAUGGGAAAAGAAAAUUCAAGACCUCGAGGCCAAGUGUGCACAGCAGGCUCAGACGGCAGGGGUGGAUUGGACAGAGGUCCAAAAGUUUGAAAUUAGGGAACAACCUACAGAGGAAGCCUUUCAGAGUCAGAAGGAGGAAGAGAAAGCGGACCGGCAGGAAGAUGACGAGGAAGUUCCCCUAAUAGAUAAGGAUGUGUUGGAGCCACAAGGGAUGCUAGCUAGGAAGAGCGCAGAGGACGCAGAGUUUGAGUGGAGGUUGCCGGCUGGCCUGACACUUGGCCAGGAGCCAGCAAUACCAGGGGAGGAACCGCCUGCUGAGACAAUGAGGAUGGAGGUAGGUCUGCCUACAACUCAGGGAGAGGCUACGGGACAGCAAGAGGGUCAAGAGAGCGUGGGUCAGACCGAGGUGGAGGCUGAGUCACGGAGGGAUCCGAAGGACUAUCAAGAGUCAGUUAUGCCUCAGGAGAUGCCUCUUGUUGCAGAUCUGCGGGAUGCACUGGGGUCCUGGGCCACUGGUUUUGGGCCAGAGGAGCGCGUUGAUGAGCAAGUGGCGCAGACAGAUGACAGAGCAGCAUGUCCCACUUCCCCAGAGAUUCCGCGACAAUGUCAGCGAGAGGUCACGAGUAAGGUAACAACAGCGCCAUCAUGUGUGCCUUCACAGGAAGGAGAUAAGAUGGACCAGAAGAAGGUUGGAAGAUGCUUUUACUGCAAGAAAGGCAGACACCUACAGGAGGCGUGUCCCAAGAGCCUCGAGGAUGAGGCAAAGAGUUUGUUUACUUGGGAUUCCCCAGGGGUGGGAAAGGAUAGAAAUGGGAACCUGAUCUUAAAGACUCGUGGUGGGAUUCGGGCGCAGUUGUAUAGGCAGCUGCAGUAGAGCAUGAGUGAUCAGGAGUAGGUUUUGCUAAUAAGGUCUG